CGUGGCUCGAAUACUAUGGACCCACCGCCUCAUUCCACCCCUUUAUAUACCCCUCACGCUUCUCCUCUUUCCCAUAUACAAAUUCAUUCAUUGAAGCUUUUGCCUUCUACGCUCUCAAGCUCGCUGGUAAAGGUUUCAGAUCGAAGCGACAGUUUUCUUCAUCAAGCAAGUUACAUGGUUGAUAUCGAGGCUCAUCUCCCAACCGCUUUUGAUCCGUUUGCCGAGGCCAAGGAAUCGGGCGCCCCUGGAGCGAAGGAGUAUGUGCAUAUCCGCAUCCAGCAGAGGAAUGGAAAGAAGAGUCUGACAACUGUGCAAGGGCUGAGGAAGGAGUACAGUUACGACAAGAUCCUCAAAGACCUCAAGAAAGAGUUUUGCUGCAACGGUAAUGUUGUGCAGGACAAGGAGCUGGGGAAGGUGAUACAGCUCCAAGGCGAUCAGCGCAAGAACGUGUCCCAGUUCCUUGUCAGUGCUGGGCUCGUGAAGAAGGAUCAGAUUAAGAUUCAUGGUUUCUAGUCCUUCUUUACCUCCACUGUCUGUGUGCAAUCAUAAGACUAUAGAUUAUACAAAUAUAUUGCAGUACUGGUGUUGUUUGCCUUUUUUUUUUUCCUGAAUUUUUCAUUUUGAAUUGAUUUCCAUGCCCAUAGUCAUGUCAUGGGGUGGCUGUUGAAUUGUAAUUCAACUUUCUCUUCCAGCAAUAAAUGUGGGUUUUAUAUUUAUCAUAAUACA